ACUUUAGAUGUAAACUGGUUUGAGCAGUUGUUGCUGUCUCUGACUCUGUUGACUGAAAGCAUAACCAAAAGCGAGCAUAGGUGGAGGGGCUCGUUCAUCUGCAGCCAAAGUAUAGUCAGUCCUUGCCUAUGCCUACCAUGCAACGUUUUUACGCCCGACACUUCCUUCUAGUUAAUGUUGCAGCUUCCUGCUUGCUGAUCAUACUUUACAUAAAAUAUUACAUCAACAACACAGCAUUGUCACGCCCGCCUGUGGAAGGUGUGGUGAAACUCAGAGGACCCACCCUCAGACCGGUCGACCUGAUGCCAGUUUAUUCUUGUCUACCAGGCUUUUACACCCAAGAGGAGCUCAGGCCUCACCUUCCGAGGCCUCCCCAAGAUCCCAGGGCACCGGGUGCUGGUGGAAAAUCAUUUGGGAUACGCAAACUGACUCAUGAGGAACGGAGAGAAAAAUUAGAUGGGUUUGAUAAGAACCAGUUCAACCAGUUUGCCAGUGACCGAAUCUCCCUGCACCGUGAUCUGGGUGAAGACACACGUCAUCCAGAUUGCUUGCAACAGAGGUUUCAGCGUUGUCCCGGCCUCCCGACCACCAGCGUGAUCAUAGUGUUUCACAACGAGGCCUGGUCCACCCUGCUGAGGACGGUCUACAGUGUCCUGCACACCGCUCCUGCAGCCCUGCUCACGGAGAUCUUGCUGGUGGAUGACGCCAGCACGCAUGACCACCUGAAGACUCGUCUGGAUGACUUUGUGCGGCAGCUGAAUAUCGUGCGUGUUUUACGUCAGAGGGAGAGGAAAGGCUUGAUCACAGCCAGGCUGAUGGGAGGGCAGGCUGCACGAGGAGAGGUCCUCACCUUCCUGGAUUCACACUGCGAAUGCUUCCCCGGGUGGCUGGAGCCGCUUCUAGCUCGGAUAGCAGAGCAGCCUGCUGCCGUGGUGAGCCCGAAGAUCUCCAGUAUCGACCGGAACGACCUGAAGUUCCAAAAGCCAGUCCCCGAACUGCAUUACCACACUCGAGGCAAUUUCGACUGGAGGCUCCACUUUGGAUGGGAGGUCAUCCCCGAAGAGCAGGAGACGGAAAGGAUGAAUGAGACACAUCCCAUCAGAACUCCUACUUUUGCUGGUGGACUGUUCUCGAUAUCUAAAUCUUACUUCCAGCAUAUCGGGACUUACGACGACCAGAUGGUUUUCUGGGGAGGUGAGAAUUUGGAAAUGUCCUUCAGGGUCUGGCAAUGUGGAGGUCAAAUGGAAAUCCUGCCUUGCUCGGUUGUGGGGCACAUUUUCCGCAAAAAGAGCCCACACACCUUCCCCAGAGGAAAGAUGAUGAUCACUCACAACCUGGUCCGGCUGGCCGAGGUCUGGAUGGACGACUACAAGUUUGCCUUCUAUCGUUCAAACAGACGGGCCGAUUUGAUUUUCAAACAGAAUUUAUAUGGAGAUGUUUCUGAACGCCGUAAACUCCGGGAGAGAUUAAAGUGCAAGAACUUCUCGUGGUACCUGAACACCGUUUAUCCAGAGGCCUACGUGCCUGACGUCAGGCCGGUUAAAUACGGACGGUUGGAAAACGUCGGUUGGAUGUGCUACCUGGAUGUGAAGAAGACGACAACGAAAUGGGAACCUGUUCAAGAGUUCCAAUGCGGUGAUAAAGCUGCAGCACAGUAUUUUGAGUACACGUCCCAGAAAGAGGUACGGCUCAGCGUCAGCAAUGGUCUGUGUUUACAUGCAACACGCGGAAGAGCUCGCGUGUCUCUUAAUUUCUGUCGUUUGAAGGGAAAAGUGACCACAGCAGCGCCCGCGCAGGUGUGGAUCUACACGCAGGCAAACAAACUGAAGAACCCAUCAUCGGGGAAGUGUUUGACAGUAUCGGAAGGAUAUGUUAUUGUGACUGCCUGCAAAUCCCCUCAAGUCGACCAAAGCUGGGGCUUCAUCUGACUCAUGGAUUCCUAUUCGUGGACAUUCAACUUCAAAUUUGUCUCAACACAAUUCUCACACGCUCUUAUUUAUAUUAAAAGAGUUAUUUGCUAUUCCCCUAAUAAUAACACACACACACACACACACAUGCACACACACACACACACACACAGAUGUUGGAGGUCAGCUCAAAUGUGAACGAUAGGAAAUGAAUCCACGUCUUUGUUCACCAGAAGGGCAAUAACUUUACGGUCAGUAUCAACAGGAGGAAUCAUUACACUGACCGUUAACUCUCUCCUUCAAUGAGCCAUUUGGGCAUGCACGUAUUAAAUCAAAGGAUAAGUGAUAUUUUAUAUAUUUCUAAUAGUCAACACAUCACAUUAAAAGAUCAAAAACAACAAUUAUCCUAUAAUACUAACUACCUAAUGCUUGUGUAGCCAAAGAUUGAUGAUAUCCCUAUUUAUAACCCAUAAUGUGCCACAUUGUUUGCACUGCGUGACAAUAACAUGGGCAUGAUUUAUUUUGAGUCAAUCCCUCAUAGACUGGGGAGCAGGAGUUUUACUAAGGUCAUUAAAUAUAUUUGCAGAAUGUAUUUAUAUCUGCAGUUCAGCUUUAAGCCACAUGAUGGAGCCUGAAUAUUCAUAUUGUAUUCUACUUAUCUAGCAUAGGUUGAUUUUGUUUUACUGAUGAGAGGAAAAACAACAGCCUGUCCUCCUCAAUGCAUUUAUUUGGGUUAUAAUGUAUGUAACGUGUGUGUGUUUUCAAUAACACAUGCAUAAAAUAAAAAUGUGAUUGAUCAAACGUGUAUUUAUUCGACAUGGUUGGUUUACAUAUUCAAGAUAAUAUAAGGUGUAUUAUAUAAUA